GAUCUUCCAUAUCCAUGUGAUGCACAUGACUCUCUAGGCCAUGAUGGAUGUAAUAUGUCCCCUUCAUGAAGUGACGUGGCAGUGUCUAUAUAAACCCAAACUUCCCUCAUUUACAAUCAAUUCAUUCAUCUUAAGCUUUUUUUUCUUCUCAUUCUCUAUUAUUGUUCAUCCUUUUCUCUUCUUCAAGGUUAUAAUAAAUUAAACAAAUUUAAUAUUAUUUAACAAAUGGCUUCACAAGGUUGUGAAACUUUGGCUUAUGAUGUAAAAAUCAAGGGUGAUAAUCUUCUCAUGACACUAAUGGAAGAGUUACCAUGUGAUGAAAAUGAUGAUGAAAGAUUAGAUAGCUUGAUAAGAUCUUUUGAGGCUGAAAUUAGUGAAAGCAAGAUGAGUGAUCAUGAUGAUUCAACAAGCAUAGAGUUACUACAAAUGAAGAGCACUUUUGAAGAAAGUUACAAUGAAUCAUGCAACAUAGGACAAGUGGAUGAGUUUGGGGUUGAAUGGGUUGAUAUGGAUUUGAUACCAUCCUUCCAAUUUGAUGAUGGGAGUUGGGAGUGUUUUGGAGAUGAGAAGGAUGUGAUGGUUGAUCAUUUAAUGGUUUGUGAUGAUGGGUUUAAUAUGGAAGAAGAACAUGGUUACAAUUCAUUUUGGCAAGAUAAUUAUGAGAUGGGUUUGGUUCAUUGAUUUGUCAUAUUGCUCAUGGAUAUAGACUAUAGUCAUGUUUUGUAAUUAAUUUCAUCAUUUAAUGUUUUGUAGUUAUAUUCAAAAAAAUCAAUAUCUACUCAUUAACAUAAAAAGAAAAUCACUCUUGAAAAAGUAUCAAUAAUUUAGAAUCAAAUGGUUAAACCUGAAAGUUGCAGAGCAGCUGCAUAUGUAUGCAAGAGUGUAAGUCUUUAUAAAAUUUAAUUUUUUA